AUGGCUACCACAAACAAAUCACGACUUCCACUUGUGUUGUUGCUUGGAAUUAUAUUCCUGGCCUCCGUUUGUGUCACUUGUGCUAACUACGAUGAAGGUUCAGAGCCUAGGGUACCGGGAAAAAGAGAAAGAGGUCGCCAAGAGGGUGAGAAAGAGGAAAAACGCCAUGGAGAAUGGAGUCCUUCGCGUGAAAAGGAAGCUCAACCUGGACGUGAAAGAUGGGAAAGAAAGGAAGAUGAGGAACAAGUAGAAGAAGAGUGGAGAGGAAGUCAACGUCACGAAGAUCCAGAUGAAAGGGCAAGGGAAAGGUAUAGAGCGGAGACAACAAGAAAGCGAGUAGAAGAAGAGAGGGAGGAAAGCGACAGACCUUAUCAACCUGAACGAGAGGAGGAAAAAGGCUCAUCAAAGUCUCAAGAACGAAGAAAUCCCUUUCUCUUCAAGUCUAACAAGUUUGUAACACUUUUCGAAAAUGAAAACGGCCACAUUCGACUCCUUCAAAGGUUCGACAAACGUUCAGAUUUAUUUGAAAAUCUUCAAAACUACCGUCUUGUGGAGUAUAGAGCCAAACCUCACACCCUCUUCCUUCCUCAGCACAUAGAGGCUGACUUAAUCCUUACCGUUCUCAGUGGGAAAGCCAUAUUGACAGUGUUACGUCCAAAUGAUAGAAAUUCCUAUAACCUUGAGCGUGGUGAUACCAUCAAAAUUCCCGCAGGAACAACGUCUUAUCUAGUUAACCAAGAUGAUGAACAAGAUCUUAGAGUGGUAGAUCUUGCAAUAUCCGUGAACAGGCCUGGUAAAGUUGAGUCUUUUAAUCUAUAUGGAAAUAAGAACCAAUAUUUACGAGGAUUCAGCAAGAAUAUUUUAGAGGCCUCGUUUAAUACUAAAUAUGAGACCAUAGAGAAGGUUCUUUUAGAAGAACAAGAUAAAGAAUCACAACAAUCGAUAGGCCAGAGAAGGAGAUCACAGAGGCAAGAAACAAAUGCAUUAGUGAGAGUGUCAAGGCAACAAAUUGAGGAACUGAAAAGGCUUGCCAAAUCAAGCUCAAAGAAAGGUGUAUCCUCUGAACUUGAACCAUUCAAUUUGAGAAGCCAGAACCCAAAAUAUUCUAACAAGUUUGGCAAGUUGUUUGAGAUUACUCCUGAGAAAAAAUACCCACAACUUCAAGAUUUAGACAUAUUUAUUAGUUCUGUGGAGAUUAAAGAGGGAGCUCUAAUGUUGCCACACUACAAUUCAAGGGCUAUAGUUGUACUUUUGGUUAAUGAAGGAAAAGGAAACCUUGAACUUGUGGGUAUCCAAAAUGAGCAACAACAACAAGAAGAAAGAGACAAGCAAGUGCAGAGAUAUGAAGCUAGAUUGUCUCCAGGUGACGUUGUUAUCAUUCCAGCAGGUCAUCCAGUUGCCGUCAGUGCUUCUUCAAAUCUGAAUUUACUUGCAUUUGGUAUCAAUGCCGAGAAUAAUCAAAGAAACUUCCUUACAGGUUCGGACGACAAUGUGAUAAGCCAAAUAGAAAAUCCAGUAAAAGAGCUUACAUUCCCUGGAUCUGCUCAAGAGGUAAAUAGACUAUUAAAGAACCAAGAACAUUCUCACUUUGCAAGUGCUGGACCUGAACAAAAAGAGGAAGAAAGCCAAAGAAAAAGGAGUCCCAUAUCUUUGAUUCUGGACACUUUUUACUGA